CUCACUGUCAAUCAGACUGUCUUUGCCCGCCCACCCGUGGCGCCAAAUAAGGCACAUAGUAUCGCCUGUGUGUGUCAGUAGCCCGGACGGCUCGCUCUCAUCCCGCACUGGAGUCAAGCGUGCUCGGCUGCGACAUGACCAGAGCCCCGCAGACCUGGCCAUUCAAAUAUGGAGCUUUUUAAAGCGAUCAUUUCGGUGCUUUGGAUAUUAUUGCUCAACAGAAACGAGGAGUCCCGUGCUGAGGAAGUUGUCUUGCUGAAUUCUAAGGAGUCCCAGGCAGAGCUGGGUUGGACCUCAUAUCCUUCCAAUGGGUGGGAGGAAAUCAGCGGUGUGGAUGAGAAAUACAAGCCCAUUCGCACAUAUCAAGUAUGCAACGUGAUGGAGCCCAGUCAGAACAACUGGCUCCAGACGGGUUGGAUAUGGCGGCAGGGCGGCCAGCGCAUCUUCAUCGAGCUGCAGUUCACCCUGCGAGACUGCAACAGCAUCCCAGGCGUGUCCGGCAGCUGUAAGGAGACCUUCAAUCUCCUCUACGCCGAGUCCGACUGGGACCUGGGCCGCGUCACCCGUGAAGACCGCUACAGCAAAAUCGACACCAUUGCUGCGGAUGAAAGUUUCACGCAGGGCGAUUUGGGAGAGCGUAAGAUGAAACUUAACACCGAAGUCCGUGAGAUAGGACAUCUCAACCGUAAAGGAUUCCAUCUGGCCUUCCAGGACGUGGGCGCGUGCGUCGCGCUGGUUUCCGUGAGAGUGUACUACAAACGAUGCUUGUCCACGGUGCAGAAUUUAGCAGUGUUCCCGGAUACGGUAGCCGAAGCUGCGUUCUCUACUCUGGUGGAGGUGAGAGGGUCCUGCGUGAAUAACUCUGAGGUGGACACGGACAGUCCUCCCAGAAUGCAUUGCAGCGCUGAAGGGGAAUGGCUGGUGCCGAUCGGGAAAUGCAGCUGCAGCGCUGGAUAUGAGGAGGGACACAGCAGCUGUGAGGCCUGUCCUCCGGGCACCUACAAGAUGUCAUCACGGCAGCAAGAGUGUUUCCCGUGUCCGGCUAACAGCAAGGCUGAAGAAGAAGGCUCCGUGCUGUGUGUGUGCGAGGACGACCACUUCAGGACCCCGCUGGACCCUCCAUCCGCACCCUGCACACGCCCCCCCUCUCCUCCUCGCGAUCUGGUCUACACCCUCAAACAGUCCACGCUCAUUCUGGACUGGGCCACGCCAAACGACUCCGGCGGCCGGGGGGAUCUGACCUAUAGCGUAGGCUGUCGGCGGUGCGUGGGGCCCCCGCGGGCCCCGCAGGUGCAGUGUGAACCCUGUGGAGCCAGUGUAGGCUUUGUACCGCAGCAGAGCGGCCUGACGGAGCGCACGGUCACCGUGGUCAACCUGCUGCCCAACUCCAACUACUCCUUCAGCGUGGAGGCGCGGAACGGCGUCUCAGAGUUACUCCCCAAUAAGAGGUUCUACACGCAGGUCAACGUCUCCACCAGCCUUCCAGCGCCGUCCCAGGUGAACGAGCUGCGAGCGGAGAAGGUUGAGCAGCGCAGCGUGACUCUGGUUUGGAGGGAACCCGUCGUCUUUCCCAACAGCAGCCGCACUGAAUACGAGAUCAAAUACUAUGAAAAGGACCAGAAAGAUCAGAGCUAUUCCACAGUAAAGACGGCCGCCACCAGAAUCAGCGUCAACAACCUGAAACCAGGAACCACCUACGUCUUCCUCAUCCGCACCUGCUCCAGCCCAGCGCUUUCUUCUCUUUCCUCUUCUCCUCUUUCCUCUUCCUCCUCUUCCUCUUUGUCUCCAUCUUCCCCGUCUGCUUCCUCUUCCGCCUCCAGCCCUGUGGCGGCCGCGUCUCCUCCUCCGCUCGAUUACGGGGCGUUCAGUGCACCGCUGGAGCUGCAGACGCUGGGAGAACUGGCUCUGGCCUCCAGUGAACAGAGUCCAGUGGUGAUCAUCGUGGUGGUUUCUCUGGCCGCUCUCAUCAUGUUACUCACUCUUGGAGUUGGAUUGCUCAUCUGGAGAAGUGGCUUCUCCAGACCCUCCAAUGUAGCUCCUACUCGCGUGGUGCUGCUCUCUACCUCCUUCUCUACUCUUCCUCCUCCUCCUCCUCCCUCCACGCAGCUGUCUCCCAGACAGUGCGGUUACAGUAAAGCCAGUCAGGAGGGAGACGAGGAGCUGUACUUCCAGUUUAAAAUCCCAACCAGAAGGACGUACAUUGACCCAGAGACGUGUGAAGAUCUGCUCCAGGCGGUUCAUGCCUUUGCAAAAGAGCUGGACGUCUCCAGCAUCAAGAUCGAGAGAAUCAUCCAUACAGGAGACUUCGGCGAGGUGUGCCGCGGCUGCCUGAAGCUGCCCAGCAAACGCGAGCUGCCCGUGGCCAUAAAGACCCUUCGCUCGGGCUGCUCGGAGAAACAGAGGCGCUCCUUCCUCAGCGAGGCGGGAAUUCUGGGACAGUUCGAUCACGCCAACAUUGUGCGUCUGGAGGGAGUCAUCACCAGAGGCAACACUAUGAUGAUCGUGGUGGAGAGCAUGACCAACGGAGCCCUGGACUCUUUCCUGCGGAAACACGAAGGUCAGCUGACGGUUCUUCAGCUGGUGGAUCUGCUGAGUGGAGUGGCGUCUGGGAUGAAGUAUCUGACAGAGAUGGGUUUUAUCCAUCGCCGACUGGCCGCUCACAAAGUCCUGGUGAACAGCAGCCUGGUUUGCAAAGUGUCAGGCUUCAGACCGCUUCAGGACGACAAGAUCGAGGCGGUCUACAGCACACUACAUGCAGGGAAGAGUUUGGUGCUGUGGACGGCUCCGGAGGCCAUUCAGUACCAUCGUUACAGCUCCGCUUCGGAUGUGUGGAGCUUCGGGAUCGUCAUGUGGGAAGUCAUGUCCUUCGGAGAGAGACCGUACUGGGACAUGGGCAACCAAGACGUAAUUAAAGCGAUCGAGGACGGCUUCCGGCUGCCGGCGCCCGUCAACUGCCCCGCGUCUCUGCACCAGCUCAUGCUGGACUGCUGGCAGAAGGAGCGGACGGAGAGACCGAGCUUCACACACAUCCACAGCGCUCUCAGCAAGAGCAUCAGGAGCCCCGACAACAUCGGCUCCUCCAGCCUGGGCCGCAGGACACUGGGCUCGUCUGUAUCUCUAGCAGAGCGAACGCUUCCCUCCUUCCCGUCGUUCAGUUCGGUUGGAGAGUGGCUGGAGGCUGUAGACAUGGGCCGCUACAAAGACAACUUCACCGCUGCUGGAUACUGUUACCUGGAGUCAGUGGCUCGCAUGACCGUUCAGGAUGUGUUGAGUCUCGGCAUCACCUCUCUGGAGCACCAGAAACAGAUCCUGUCCGCCAUACAGACUCUCAGAGCGCAGGUUAUCCAGAUGCACGGCCGCGGAGUGCAGGUCUGACAUACGGACGUCUGUUCUCAGAAUUACCCAGCAGGCCAUUCAGCAGACAGGAGGUGAUGAUAACCAAGUCACUGCAAAUGGCAGUUCUCUUCCUAAUCUUCCUCUUUUCGUUCCUUAAUAUUCUCUUUGGGUGAACACUGCUUCUUUUCUGAGGGGGCGAUGGCACAAGCAAGAUGAUUCCUCUAGAAUAACCUGCUUUUCUUCCGCUGCUCAUCAAUGACAUCCCUUUUAGAAGGACUCGGCGGUGGUCGAGACCCUCCGUCACUGUCCUGGAGAAGCUCCUAUGACUCUCCAAAGGGCCUUUUUUCUUUAUCCAAGCGAAAGAUCUCAUGCUUCGUAGCCACUGAUCCUCCUAUAAAGUGGACAAAACCGAGAGCAUGUCGGCCGCGAGCGUUCGCUCCUCCGAGCGGGAGAAGAUCUCGCUGUAUCUUCAGGAAAUAAGUUGAGUGCUGGUGUAAGAAAUCUUAAAUAAUAUGUAAAUCCCUUUUUCUGUGUUUCCCGGAUUUGAUUGCGGUCUCCUUUUUUCUUUUGGCUUUCUUUCUCCACACUUUAUACUCAUUUCUGUAUGGAAGCCCAUUUCCACCACAGAAGAAAACAAAUCAUGCUCUUGUAAAUCAUAACUAUGACAUUAAAAGUCGAAAUUAUGACAUACUAAGUCAUUCUGGGAUGAAAAAUCAAAAUUAUGACUUAAAAAGUUGGUUAUGAAUCAAAAUUGACAUACUAAGUCAAAAUUAUGACAAAAAGAAAAUUGACAAUACAAAAUUAACAUAAAAAGUAAAUCAUAAUUUUGACUAUAUCAUUAUUACGACUUCACUUAUCUCAUAAAUUACAACUUUUCAAUCCCAUAACUGAUUUAGUAUGUCAUAAUUUUGACUUUUUAUGUCAUAAUCAUUACAUUUUAUAUCAUAAUUAAGAUUUACCAAAGCAGGCAGCAGAAAUGGGCUUCUAUAUUUCUGAAGCGAAUUAUUAUUGUUGAGUUUAAAUUAUUAUUUUUGGUCAUCUGUACUCGUAAUGUUUUCUCCUCCUGUCUACUAUAGGGACAAUGUUUGCACUGCAGCAUCCACGACUUACAGAAACUUGUACCAUAUUUAUUAGAUGAGUUAUUUAUCUGUUUACAGAUGCUUAUUGGCGCUCAGUUUUUGAAUGCAAAAAUAUUAUGUUAGAAAAUGGAAUACACAGCGCUGAAUCUGGACGUUCAGUCGACGCUUCAUCAAAAUGCUCUUGGAUUGUUGUUUGUGUAAUUUAAUUUUUCCUGCACUUUGAAAGUGUGUGAGUGAGUGAUUGAGCAAUUCAGUGAGUGAAUGAGUGAUUGUGUGAGCGAGCAAGUGAGUGAUUGUGUGUGUGAGUGAGUGAGUGAGUGAGUGAGUGAUUGUUAGCGAUUCAGUGAGUGAUUGUGUGAGUGAGUGAUUCAGUGAGUGAUUGAGCGAUUCAGUAAGUGAGUGAUGGUGAGUGAGUGAUUCUGUGAUUGUGAGCGAGCAAUUGUGAGUGAGUGGUUCAAUGAGUGAGUGAUUCUGAGCGAUCCAGUGAAUGAGUGAGCGAUUCAGUGAGUGAGUGAAUGGUUCAGUGAGUGAGCGAGGGAUUGUGAGUGAGCGAUUCAGUGAGUGAGUGAGACUGAUUUAGUGAGUGAUUGUGAGCGAGUGAGUGAGUGAGUGAGUCAGUAAGUGAGUGAGCAAUUCAGUCAGUGAGUGUGUGUGUAAGUGAGCAAGUGAGGGAGCGAGGGAAGGAGUGAGUGUGUGAUUGUGUGAGUGAGCGAGCGAGCGAGUAAAUGAGUGAUUGUGUGAGUGAGCGAGCAAGCGAGUAAAUGAGUGAUUGUGUGAGUGAGCGAGCGAGCGAGCGAGUGGAUGUGAUGUGAAACACACACUUACAGACUUUAAUUUCCCGCCAUGAUGGCAGUUGUCCGAUUCUCUCGGACAUGUGUAGUACUUGAUGUUGCCGUUUUCUACAACAGAAGUGGUUGUUCUUUAACAGGAAUGUUCUGAAUGUUCUAGUGUUAUUGAAUUUAGAUUAUUGUGUGACGUGAGCGUGUGAACAAGACUUGGUUGGACCUGGAUGUGUUUAAGCAGUAUUGAGCGAAACCCUAAUUCAGAACAUCGCAGUUUGAUCAAGUCGGUGCAAAUCACAUUAACAAAGACCGUAACACACGUCAUGACUGCAAAUACAUAUAGUACAAAACAAAUGACUGGAUUUUUUUUCUCACACUGUAUUGGGUUGAUUUUCAUGAUAUAAACAAUUGAAGCGUUUUGGAAUUAAUUAAUAGGAGCAUCAUUUUCACUCUGUCUGUUUUACAGUUACACACAUACAGACAUGCAUAUUCGUCAUUAUUGCAGCCAUAUCAUAUCUGAAGGUGGCGCAACCGAAUUAAUAAUCACUUCAAAAUCUAAAGGACAAAGACAUGCUGUACUGUAGUUUAACAGCCCUUUACCGAACAAGACUCGAUUCCCCUUUGCAUUGUGUGUAUCAUUCUGAUCUCUGUUUGAUACUGUAAAUAUGUAUUUGAAAAUGCAAUCUAUUUUUAUAAUUUGUUUGAAUAAUAAUGUGUUGAAUGAGAUCCUCUCACUGUGUUAAUAUGACUUAUUGUUUGAAUUAGGCGAGUAGCGAAGAAAAGUUGUUUGAAAUAAUCAAGUCUUUCUUUUUUGUUUUAUUUUUCUCUUUUCGGUUUGGAAUUUUUCAUGAUUUUUACCUGUUAGAAAAGCAGAUGGCUGUUGCAAUAUUGAAACAUGUUAUUAAAAAAAUACAAUACAGGUA